UGACAUCAUGGUGUACCACCCAGAGUUUGAGCAUGCAGGUCAGAAGGCGGGACUUCAGGUGUGGCGGGUGGAGAAAAUGGAGCUUGUUCCUGUUACUGAGAAUCUCCAUGGAGGGUUUUUCACCGGAGAUGCUUACCUUGUUCUUCAUACUAUUAAGAACCGCAACGGAGCCAUGCAGUACGAUCUGCACUAUUGGCAAGGCUCAGAGUGCUCACAGGAUGAGAGUGGCGCAGCAGUCAUCUUUACAGUGCAGAUGGAUGACUAUCUACAUGGGUUGCCAAUCCAGUAUCGCGAAGUUCAGGGCCAUGAGUCCAGUACCUUCACCGGGUACUUCAAGAAAGGACUCAAGUACAUGAGUCACCACUUUGAUUCAAGUUCAGUGAAUUCUUCCCUUGAGGACAACACCUUCUCUCUCACAGAAAGGGGCGUGGCAUCAGGGUUCAACCAUGUGGUGACCAAUGACGUGGAAGUUCAGAGGCUGCUGCAAGUAAAAGGUCGACGCGUCGUCAGAGCAACAGAGGUUCCUGUGACCUGGGACAGUUUCAACAAGGGAGACAGUUUUAUACUGGACCUGGGAGAGGAAAUCAUCCAGUGGUCGGGUUCCCAUAGCAACCGCUUUGAAAAACUGAAGGCCACAAUGAUCCUUGGGGAGAAACCGGAGCUUCCUGAAGCUCACAGUGAUGAUACCAAAAUGGAUUCUGCUAACAGGAAACUGGCAAAACUUUACAAGGUGUCCAAUGCAGAUGGAGACAUUGAGGUUACCUUGACAGCAGAGGAAAAUCCAUUUCCUCAGUCUACACUGCAGUCCUGCGAGUGUUACAUACUGGACAAUGGAGCAAAUGGACAAAUCUUUGUCUGGAAAGGAAAGGAUGCAAACAAUGAGGAGCGUCAUGCUGUUCUGAAGAGCUCAGAGCAGUUCAUUCACAAGAUGAACUACCCGGCACACACGCAGGUUCAGGUCCUUCCUGAGCAUGGAGAGACUCCGCUCUUCAAACAGUUCUUUAAAGACUGGAGGGACUCUGAUGACACUGUCGGCAUGGGAACGGCCUAUGUAGCUAAUCAGAUUGCAAAUAUAGAGAAGGUUCAAUUUGAUGUGUCAAAGCUCCACGAUUCAGAUGCAAUGUCGGCACAGUAUGGGAUGGUUGACCAAGGAGAUGGGGAGAAAAAGAUCUGGCGUAUUGAAGGAUCUGACAAAGUUCCUGUUGAUUCAUCAGUCCUUGGACAGUUCUAUGGAGGAGACAGUUACAUCAUCCUGUAUGAGUACCAUCACAACCACAGAAAGGGUCACAUCAUCUACAUAUGGCAGGGGGCAGAGUCUAGCCAGGAUGAGAUUGGAGCAUCAGCCAUCUUGGCUGUCCAGCUGGAUGAUGAACUAGGAGGAAGUGCUGUUCAGGUGAAUGUGGGUCAGGGAAAAGAGCCUGACCACCUCAUGAGCCUGUUUGGGGGCCAACCAAUGGUGGUGUACAAAGGUGGGACUUCCAGAGAGGGCGGCCAAUCAGUGGAGGCAGAUACACGCCUUUUCCAGGUUCGCUCCAAUCCUGCAGGCCACACCAGAGCUGUGGAGGUGGAACCGGCUGCUUCUUGUCUUAACUCCAGUGAUGUAUUCCUCCUGGUCUCCUCCUCUGGAUGUUGGAUGUGGACAGGGAGGAGCAGCAGCUGUGUUGAGGCACAGGGGGCUGAGAAACUGGCUGGAAUUCUGCAAGUUACCCCCAACCAGUUGAAGGAGGGGGAUGAGGAAGAUGCAUUCUGGGAUGCGUUGGGGGGGAAGGAAGACUAUUGUCGUACAACAAGACUGUUGUCAUGCAAGAAUAACUUUGAAGCUCAUCCUCCUCGCCUGUUUGCGUGCUCCAACAAGACUGGAAAUUUCCUGAUGGAGGAGGUUCCAGGUGAGCUGACACAGGAUGACCUCGCUACUGAUGAUGUCAUGAUAUUGGAUACCUGGGACCAGGUGUUUGUUUGGAUCGGAGAUGAUGCCAGGCAGGAGGAGAGGACGGAGGCAGCAGCCUCAG